AUUCCAUAAAACGUGUAGGCUUUUCAUAUGCUCUCCUGACUUGAGACAGGAAGCAUACGUGUAAUUGCUGUUCCAGUCAUGACAAUGAUCGGUUUAGGAGCGCUCGUAUUUUGUUGUCUGUGUGUGUCUUCAACACGCGCUGAUUGUGGAAAUGGUUGGAAAAGUUUCAGGGAUUCUUGCUAUUUGUUUGUUGAUAACGUUAUGGACUGGUAUGACGCACAGGCAGAUUGUGUCAGAAGAGGAGGAUUCUUAGUAGAUAUAGUAGACGCUGGGGAAAACGAAUUUAUACAUUCAAAUCUUCACGAUUACUGGAAUUGGCACCAUAUUGGGCUAACUGACCGUAUGGAUGAAGGUACAUUUAAAUGGGUUACUGGAACCGCCAUGGAAUAUGACAACUUCUGGCCAGGAGAACCUAACAACUCCAGAGGAAAGGAAGACUGUGCAGAAAUGAGAUAUUCUGGACUUUGGAACGAUGUGUCAUGUGAUAAAAAUCAGUACUACAUAUGUGAAAAGGAAGCGUCUGACUCUGGAAAUAUAGAUGGUACGACGACAGUACAGACGAAGACGACAGAAGAGUAUAAUUUUGUAUGGAAAUAAUUCAUUUUAAUAAAAACAUAAAAAGAUGAGGAAAA